AUGAGAGAAGCACACCUGCGCCUGGAUUCGAUCGAGCUGGCUCUACGAAAACUGCCAGUAAAACUGCGAGUAGAGUCGGAACUUACCUUGGGACUUCCUGAUGCAUGGCCAACUGCAGUGACUCCCACGAUGGUCUCUUCCAUGGUCGCAGCUGGUGGGCUGUGGGUUGAGCGGGCAAGUCCAUGCAGGUUGCAUGUCGAUUCCGUCGUGACCUCUGCCCGGGGCAUGAUAGCCGAGGAUUAUUUGCAUGCGAGACGCCUCGCCAAUGCCAUCAGAGCAUGCUCCGCCUGGGAACUUCUGGGCUUGCAGCUGAGCCGCUGCCCCAGGCCCGUACAUGAGAAUGAGCAGGACGUUCCCGGAUCUCUCUUCUACAUCACACAUAUGACAAACAGCUCAAGUCACCUUGUAUACCAAUACACAGAGCGUGCUGAGGUCCGGAGACUAACUUGUCGUUUUUGGUUCGAUUUCGCGACAAAAACCGUAAACAAACGCCCAGCAAGGCAGCGGGAAGCGGCACAGACAGCCGUAUCUACUGAUUCGAGACGCGUCACUCGCUCAGGAACGAAAAGGUCGUUGACAAAAACUUCUGAAAAUGUUGCCACCCAAUCUGAGCAGCUCUCAGCCGCUGAGAUUGACCGCAGCGUGAUGAUCCUAGUAAGGGGCUCGCUAUUUACACUACUGGGCAUCAAGAAGCCCACUCCUCGGAUCAGGAGACUGCGCAGCUUUGAAUGUCCGUCACUGCUCGAGAUUGCCCCAGCCGCUUUCAACAUGCGGUAUCUCCAGGAAGUCGUACAACGUGCUCCAUUUUUGAACUCAAUCAGCUCAGUCUUGGCUCGUCUCGUGGACAAUGCACAGUCACCCUCUUUGAGGCAGAAAGUGGCAUCGCUCGCCAUGGGAACUGCAGAAGGAUCUGAGAUGCAGAUCCCUUCAGCCGACUCCACCCAAAAGGAACAUUGCACUGAUAAAGACAGAUACUUUGAGGAAGUCGGGAAAAUGAUAUGGCCGGUUUUGCAGACUGCGCCUUCAAAAACGAAGCUAUAUCUAGAGAAGCUACCCGAAGACCGAAUCUCUGAUGCUAGCGUGGGUCUACAACCUGAUGGGAACUGUAGUCCUAUUCACGAUCCCUCCCAGCAAUCCGAGAUGGAGGGGCUAACAUCAGGAGAGAAAGUCCAUGACGGGGUAGAAGCUGACGCCAAUAAGCUGGGCCUCCACUUAGCUGUAAAUGAUACGAGCAAUCAAGGUAACAAUCGCUCAAUACAUCGCCUUGACGAGCCCUUUCGAUUCCCAGGCAGCACCCAAGAGUCCGAAGGGGCACCGUUUCUUGAUGGUGAAGACCAAAGUUUGGGCAGCAAUGCGCAGGAACUCAUGCAGAAAUACUACUCACGUUUUCCUGAAUACGAACAGUCCUCGCAGGCCUUUCCGCAAGAUGAUUUAUACGGAGACGAGUAUGAGAGUGAGCAUAGUUUUGAUGAAGAAGGAGAUACUGCCGACUAUCACGAUACCUGUUACUACUCCUGGAUCUCCGACAACGACAACGACAUGGCUAGCGCAUAUAUUGGCCUUGGAAACGAUUACGAGCUUGAGGCUGAACACCAUCCAUAUUUUUCAUCAAGCCUCGCACCUCGCACAUUUCUUGGAGAUGAGACAGGCACAACCGAUUACUAUUUCGAGGAUGAACCCGGGAGAGCCGACAUUACAGCCAACCAAGAUUCUGGGUCGGAGAGCCUUGACCACUUUGAAGGAUAUGAUCAAGGAUUUGUGGACAGCUUUGGGGACGAGUAUGUGUACGAAAACUCACAUAUUCAUCUUACACCGUGGGAAUGGGAUGUGAGUAUCGUGAGGUCUCUUAGAAGCUUCAAAGGACCCAUGAAUCAUGCUGACAAAACACGCAUAUACGGGCUAGGGGAGACAAGAAGAUGA